AUGCCGCACAUUACACAAGCGAUGCAGAGAAGUGUGGGGAGAAGUGUGGGGGACAAGAUAGGGAACAUUGUGUUUAGUUCUCUGCUUGGAAAGAGAUCGGUCACCGACAGCGUCAGUAAUGUCAAAAACUCAUUUAGCAGUUGGGACAACUGCAUGGCGGCCACCUACUGCAAGUGGCCUGUGAUAGCUGUCAUCAUUGUCGUCUCCCUAAUACUCGUCUCCAUCAUAGCAUGCAUAGUCAGGUGUGCGUGCUGUGGCAUGUCCUGUUGCUGCACCUGUUUCUCAUUCCUGAAAUGCUGCGAUUGCUGUGGUGGAUCUUGUGAUGGGAAGAAGAACAAACCGCAUAAACACCUCGACGACCCUUUUGCUCCUCCGCCCGCGCCUCCACACCAGGGAUACCAACCCCCUGCGCCGAUGAUGGGAGGUGCUCUCCCCGCACGUCCAGAAGCUCCUCAAUACGCGCAGUUUGAAGUUGGGAAGAACGGGUUGUUUGUGGAACCCAAGACUGCAAUAAGUGAAGAUGCAUUGCCUCCUAUGCCGAGUUGGGAUUCUGCUUCGAAGAAACAUGUCGUGGACGAUGAGAAGGAUGGUGUCGAGUUGGGACAUCUGGAUCCUACUACCGGGCAAAGUAUGCCUCUUAUGACGGCCAAUAACAAUCCUCCGAGCCCAAGUCCAUUUGCUUCCCAAUCAGGACAGGCCGUUGGCGGAAAUGGUUAUGCUGGCGUUCCCAAUACAUACUCUCCGCAAAACGGACAAAAUGGUUUCAAUAAUGGAGGGUAUAGAGGAUCUCCUCCGGGGCCGCAAAAUGGACAAAAUGGUUUCAAUAAUGGAGGGUAUAGAGGAUCUCCUCCGGGGCCGCAAAAUGGACAGAAUGGUUUCAACGGUGUUGGAGGAUAUAGAGGAUCUCCUUCUCCGGGACCAGGAAGAGGUGGACGAGGACCGGGAUAUGGACCCCCUCGAGAUAUGAACGGUCAAGGUCGUGGUUAUGGAACAGGCUCACCCCGACCUGAGUACGACGAUGCAUAUUCCGGCGCGGCAGCCGGUGGAAAUGGAUACGAUCGACCACCACCCCAACGGCAAUUCUCGAAUGGCCCUAAUACACGCCCAUUCCCUCCACAACCUUCUAGACAGUACUCUUCUGACUCUUCACAGCCUUUGAACCCUGGACGACAAUUCUCAGAGCAGUCGUACGACGACCAACCCUACAAUAACAAUCCCUCUCCACGCGGUCCAUCCCGAGGCCCGUCAAGAGGUCCUUCUCGUGGUCCUGGUGGCCCACCUCCAAACCGCAUGCAAAGCCCACCAAUUACUAAUGCUGCCGGAUUCGACUUUGGUACAGGUGCACAGCAGCCAUACUCAAGACCUACGCCUCCGCCUCAGCAAAGGCCAAUGCAGAACCAACAGAUGUCAUACGGAUCUUCGUCUGGGAGACAGCCAAUGAGACAAGGGGGCAGAGAAGACUAUGCUCCUCCCACGAGACAAGCAAGCCGAGAUAAUUACAACCCUCCACCACAGCGCCAAUACGAAACAUACGUUGGCUCAACAGCACCACCAUCCUAUGCCAGCAGAAGCCCACCACCGCAAGAGCCCGCGUAUCCAGGCUACAAAGCCUACCAGCCAGCUCCAAUCAACACGAGUGGUUCCGCACCUGCACCAGCUGUGUUGACGCCUGGUGGUGGGAGGGCGGCACAGCAGGGCUGGGAUCCGGUGCGUUGA